CACCUUGCUCGCCAUCAACAAACCCCUCUUCACGCUUCUCGCCACCCCACACAGCGGCAAUUUACAAUGCCGCGCCGCCGCCCCAUGGACGACACAGACGACCCCUCGGGGUUGUCCCAGUACGCUCUCUGGGAGACCAAGUCGCGGUAUUAUAUCACAGCCUCGGCGGGAAGUAAUCAUCGCGUGCUCAAGAUCGACCGUGCCGAUGCCGACCUCAACGUGGUUGAAGACGCGACGGAGUACGACACUGAGCAGCUAGAUCUACUCCUCAGAAUGGUCGAUGAGGGAAACAAGAGCCAGGGCGGGUUGACGAAGGGAAACGACUUCUUUGGCAUCGUCGGCUUCGUCAAGUUCACCACGGCGUGGUACAUGUGUAUAGUAACACAGCGCAGCGUCGUCGGGCUGUUGGGCGGACAUUACAUCUACCACUGCGAUAAGACCAAGCUCAUCCCCAUCUCUCCCAAAGCCUCUGCCGUCUCGCAUGACUCCAGGAACAUCAGCAUCUUUGACCAAGUUGACCUAUCCAAGAACUUCUACUUCUCCUACUCUUACGAUAUCACGAAUGUGCUGCAGCUCAAUCUCACCAUACCGGACGCUAAACGACGCCUCAACACGCGCUUUAUGUGGAACCAUCACCUGCUUAAGCCAGUAUUUGAUCUCGAGGACCCCAAGAACCGCAGUCCGUGGGUGCUUCCGUUCAUCCAUGGAUCGUUUGACCAGACGAAAAUCAAUGUCUUCUCCCGAACAGUCUACCUUACGCUCAUCGCGCGAAGGUCACGCUUUCACGCCGGUGUGCGCUUCUUAACUCGUGGAGCUGAUGAGAAUGGCGAUGUGGCGAAUGAAGUGGAAACUGAGCAGAUUGUCUCAGAACCGCUUGCCACACCAUUCGGCUACCCCGUAAACUGCGAGGAUGGCGCCGACUACGGUGGAUACACCAGCUUCGUGCAGCUGCGCGGAAGUAUCCCCGUCAUGUGGCACCAAGUAUCGGAGAAGAUGGUUCCCAAGCCGCCGAUUGAGGUAACAAUCAAGGACCCCUAUUAUUCGCCCGCGGCGCGACACUUUGAUAACUUGCUGGGGCGCUACGGUGCGCCCAUCUUCAUCUUGAAUCUUGUGAAAAGCAAGGAGACUGUUCCCCGUGAAUCAAAACUCCUCGUCGAGUAUGGGGAGUGCGUCGAGUAUCUCAACCAGUUUCUGCCCGAAGGAAAGAAGAUGAGAUACAUCGCAUGGGACAUGGCGCUGGCUGCGAAGAGCCGCCAUCAAGACGUGAUGGGUAUCUUGGAGGACGUGUGCGAAGAGAGCAUCCAGCUCACCCAUUUCUUCCAUGGAGGUGCAGCGAGGCACGAGGUGACGAACGACGAGCAUCGCAAUAUGCCGCUUCUCCAAUGCGGCGUUCUACGGGUCAACUGCGUCGAUUGCCUCGACCGCACCAACGCUGCUCAGUUCGCCAUAGCGAAGCGGGCGUUAGGACAUCAGCUCUAUGCCCUCGGUUUACUGGGCAGCCCCAACCUGCCUUUCGCCUGCGAUGCUGUGGAGGUGUUGACGGAGAUGUAUCACGACCAUGGAGACUUUCUGGCUUACCAGUAUACGGGGAGUGCCGUUGUCAACCGCGACACCUACCGCCCUACGAAGGCGACUCAAUGGACGAGUCACUCACGAGAUCUAGCCCAGAACAUUAGGCGAUACUUCAACAACUCCAUCCUUGGUAGGUUCCGAUACCUGACCGCACGCCAGCUUAUCCCAGACGCGGACAAACAAGCUGCCAUGAAUCUCUUCCUCGGAGUAGAAUCUGCUGCCGCCAACAAAGCGAGAACACCGCGUCCAAACUAUCGUCACUGGUACACCGAGAAGCACCUCGAGCCACCAAGUCUUGGCUCGCUGGGAGAUCAGUCUGCAGUACCCCGCUCCAUGUUCAACGAGUACUACAAACCCUCCGUGCUGACUCAGUUGGACAAAAUCUACGCUUUUGAGAUGACUUCAACACUCAAGUUCACAAGCCACCGCAACAAGAAUGGCAUGCAAAGCCCAUUUGAGACCAUCGGCGCUAUAGACGCUUCCUCACCAACAUCGAGAACACCGGAAUUACGUCGUACGGCCCGCCGCUGGGCGAUGGCUGCCUCGCCCAAGAGAGACGAGGACCCCGAUGGCGAGCAGCACCAGACCGAGAAUCUCCCCCCUCCUCACCCAGUUGAGACACUGGUCGCAUCGCUGCUUGACCCGCCUGACAUGGACCAGCGCGUGCGCGAGUACGACUGGUACAUGCACUACCAUACAGAUGACUUGCUCUCGGCUGCCUCGACCGCCGAGCCGCAGGACUUGCAGCGAUAUGUGCGUGCCGCGCAAAUAGCCUCGGGCAUGGACAUCGACGAGCCAACCCCCGGUACGCCGCCAACGAUGAGCCUGAUGGCGGCUGCCUCAGACGGUAUGGCUGAAGAACUGUACGAGCCUUCCAAGCAAACGCUCCAGUUCUAUGAUACGUGGCUCAACGGAUCGGCUUCGACUGUGUAAUUAUUGUAUCUCCUGCAUCGAUGUAUGUUCUAUCAAC